GUCAGUUCCGUCAGUCAUGGAGCGGCGGUUUUCAGCCGCGACGGUCAUCGAAGCGCCUAAAGCCGCCGGAGCUUGCAACGCGGGACGUCCGAGCCAGCUUAGUUUGCAGAAGGUUCCCCCGGGAGGAAAAACUGCUCGCGCCACCACCGGAGUCCGCGAUCUCCGCAACACCAGCAGCAACGGCGGCGGAGUCGUCUCGCGCGGCUGGGCGCAGUGACUGACGGCGCGAACCCGGGAAUUCUGUCGCGUGCCUGCAUUAGGAAUCACCCACGUUCGCCGCGGCUCGCGCGCCCGCGUUCCCUCUCUCUCUCUCUUCCGACUUCCAUGCCUGCAAUGCUCCAUGCUUUCCCCGGGGACGGAUGUGGCGGAAAAGGCAUAGAAACGGGAGGAUGGUCUGUGCAUCUUGCCUUGCUUACGUUGGGAGCAUGAAGCCACAGUCCGUGAAACUUUCGAAUAAGUGGACUUGAUAGUGGGCCGCCGUGUAUUGGGUUCUGUUUCAUCUUUUGCGUUCUUGACGCUGAGUUAUCGGUGGAGAUAAGCAAAUAGAAGCCUUCUUGGAGCUUAGACAAAAUAGCCACAGUAGGGAUUGGCAGUCAUGAAACGUGUACGCACCGAACAGAUUCAGAUGGCUGUUUCCUGCUAUGUCAAGCGCAGGCAGUACGUAGACUCAGAAGGUCCCCUGAAACAAGGGCUGCGCCUAUGCCACACAGCUGAAGAAAUGGCUGCUAAUCUGACAGUACAAUCUGAAUCGGGUUGUACAAAUGUGAUUUCUGCCGCACCCUGCUUAGCAGAGCCCCAACAAUAUGAAGUACAGUUUGGGCGGUUGCGCAACUUUCUGACAGAUUCAGAUUCCCAGCAUAGCCAGGAAGUGAUGCCUCUCCUGUAUCCUCUCUUUGUCUACCUCCAUCUCAACAUGGUCCAAAAUGGCCUAAAGAGCACAGUGGACAGUUUCUACAGUCGCUUCCAUGGGAUGUUCUUACAGAAUGCCAGUCAGAAAGACAUAAUUGAACAGUUACAAACUACAUUAACAAUUCAAGACAUCCUGUCCAAUUUCAAACUUCGGGCACUUCUGGACAAUAAAUAUGUGAUCCGCCUUCAGGAAGACAGCUACAACUUCCUCCUCCGCUACCUCCAGAGUGAUAAUAACAGUGCUCUCUGCAAAGUCCUGUCCUUGCAUAUUCACCUAGAUGUGCAAUCCGCUAAGAGAGUGGACUAUCAGCUCUAUGCUAGUGGUGGCUCUUCACGCAGUGAGAGCAAUGGCCUGGAACCUACUGACAUGCCUGCUUCCAUCCUGCAGAAUGAAGCAGCCUUGGACCUCCUGCAAGAUAGCAUUAAAAGAGUCAAAGAUGGGCCACCAUCCCUUACUACCAUAUGUUUCUAUGCAUUCUAUAAUAAUGAGCAGUUGCUGAAUACAGCAGAGAUCUCGCCAAAUAGCAAGCUGCUGGCUGCUGGCUUUGACAAUUCCUGUGUGAAGCUGUGGAGCUUGCGGCCCAAGAAGCUGAAAUCUGAGCCUCACUUAGUAGAUAUUUCCCGAAUCCACUUGGCCUGUGAUAUCUUGGAUGAAGAGGCUGAAGAUGAUGAUGAUGAUAUAGGAACUGAAAUGAAGUUAUUAAGAGGGCACUCUGGACCAGUGUAUAGCACAAGUUUUUUGUCAGACAGUUCAGGAUUGCUGUCAUGCUCUGAAGAUACAACUAUCAGAUACUGGGACCUUGGAUGUUUUACAAACACUGUCUUGUACCAAGGACAUGCUUAUCCGGUGUGGGACUUGGACAUCAGCCCUUGCAGCUUGUACUUUGCUAGUGCUUCUCAUGACCGUACAGCAAGACUCUGGUCAUUUGAUCGGACGUAUCCCCUACGGAUAUACGCGGGCCAUUUAGCAGAUGUCGACUGCAUCAAGUUUCAUCCAAAUUCUAACUACUUGGCAACAGGAUCUACAGACAAAACAGUGCGGCUCUGGAGCACCCAGCAAGGAAACACAGUGCGUCUGUUUACAGGUCACCGGGGUCCGGUUCUGUCCCUUGCCUUUUCUCCCAAUGGUAAGUACUUGGCCUCAGCAGGUGAAGACCAGCGCUUAAAAUUGUGGGACUUGGCAUCUGGAACGCUUUACAAAGAACUGCGGGGGCACACAGAUAAUAUCACCAGCCUUACUUUUAGUCCGGAUAGUAGUUUGAUUGCUUCUGCAUCAAUGGACAACUCUGUUCGAGUUUGGGAUAUUCGAAACACUUACUGCAAUGCUCCUGUAGAUGGCUCUUCCAGCGAGCUAGUUGGAGUAUAUACUGGACAGAUCAGCAAUGUACUGAGUGUACAGUUUAUGGCCUGUAACCUUCUUUUAGUGACUGGAAUUGCACAAGAGAAUCAGGAACAUUAGUCUUUUUGGAAACGGGACAGAAGAUGUUAUUGAAAACUAGAGUCUAUUAUAAACUGAGAUUAUAUAUAAUUGACUGUGAAUUUCCCCCCCUCUCCCUUUAUUAGACAUCCAGAAUGAUGGAAGUACUGUAUUUGAAAGUAUUUUUUAUUUUUGCAAAAAAUGAUAGGAAGGGAGAGCAAUACGAGAAUUUCACUGUAGUUCUACAUUAGUGCAGAGUUAGGAAGCAAUGUAAUAAAGUGAACAGCCCAGAAUAUUUUUAUAUAGGAGUAGUCCAAAACCUGGUCCAAACAAGUAAAAUCAUCACUGGAGCAUUUGCACUUAAAUAUCCUGCAUUGAUGGGAACAUCCUACCUAUUUCUACUACUGACUUGUCUAAAGAGCAAUUAUGUAGUACAGCUAACAUCACCUUGGGUAGAAAAAUAUAUUCUGUUCUGAGGAUGUUCCCAAAUAUUUCAGUAAUGUUUAAAGUAACACCAAAGGGCAGUUUCCCAACUCAUUAGCAUAAAAGAUAUGAGAUUAGAUCUAAUUUUUUUUUAAAAAAACUUCCCUUCCAUGGGAUCUCUAUGAUCCACAAAAGAGGACUGGCUGAGUGAAGAGGAAAGACUAUUUCCCACUGCAAUCCUGUGAUUUCUCAACCUUCUGCAAUUGAUUUUUGAGAGUAGGAGGGACUCCAGGAGAAAGAGAGUGUUGCCAUUCUAUUAUUUUUUAAAAUACACGUGGCUGUUGUCACUACCAAAUCUAUAAAGUGGUUUUAAUUUUUUAUAUGGACCACAACAUUUGCAGCUAUUCCUAGAUCAGAAAUUUGGGGGUUUCCUGGAUCUGUUUGCACUGUGAUGAUGACAUAAAAUACUAGAUUAAUCGAUGAAAUAAUAAUUAGCUGUGGAUGGAACCAGCAAAACAUGGCUGAAUUUGUUAUAGCACAUUUCAACUCCAUGUAGAAAGACAAUUCUCCUCAGAAACAUUAUCUGCAGACCAUAUGAACAAAGAUAUCCAGGGAAUGGAAGCUAGUAUCAUUACAUCAUUAAUUAAUAGAAGCUUUGUCAAUAUCUGAUGUUUUUCACUGAAAUAAACAUUUCUGUAAGUUUUCAUAUACAAGUGUCAGCAUGCAAAGAGGAGAUGGGAGCAGCAACUUUAAUUUUGUCAUUCUAAGAGAAGAUCAAAUAUUUCUGCUUUCGGAAAAAAGAUUUUGUAUUUUUUUUAAUUAAAAUGUUUAGUUUAAAGAGAAAAGUUUGGCAUCUCUGUAUGGAAUUCAGAUUUUAUGAAGUAGAUAAACCUAACCUUGUCACAUGGGUAAGGAUCUUUUUGUAUCUUGUCCAUGUCAAUCUAACAAAUUACAAAAAUCAUCUCUUCAGAGUUCUGUACCAUUUUGCAAAUUGUUUUUUUAAAAACUAAACACAUUUUUGUAUACAACUUUUACACAUCUUGUAUGCAUCAUUUCCCCAAAUAUAUUAAUUUUUGUAUACGUCUUUUUCAGCCAAAAAUACUUUUAAGCCAGAUGUUUGCAGGCUCUGAAUUUUAUGUCUGUUCACAUUGUGGACUCUAUGUUGAUGGAUUGCAUAAUUUUGCUUGAAAUAAAAUCCAUGACAGGUUUGUCUUACCCAGAUACAUGCUGCAAGCACUAUUCAUGUUUUAUGUAUUUAAUUUAUCUAUUUUGCAAAGAAGUGGAGGCUGAAGAAAGCAGAUUUUAAACAAAGCUAACAUACAAGUAACGUGUUUUAAAUUACUGAUUGCUAUUUUAAAAUGCAGUAAAAUGAGCAACCAUUUCCAUCAACUUUAAUAAAAAUUUAUAAAAGUUUUUGAUGCUUAAAAAAACAAUGCAAUAUAAAUAGUUAUAUCCAGGAAGCAAAUUUAAUUCAGGGUUUCUUUUCGUAAUGUAUGCAAGUUUAUUCCCUCUGCAGUCCUCAAAAGCCACUGAAAUGUUGUACAACUAUGAGACAUUCCAGGGAAGAUUUUGGAGGGCUCACUGAAUUGCAGAGAAAAGUAGAGGAAUUACACAUUUGCACAAGGUUGGAUGUUUUUAUGUUUCUUUAAGAUGGAAUGCUCAACUUUUGAGGAUAAAAAUGCUAUAAUAGAGACUAUAGUUUGAAAGAGAAAAGGAGCUGUGACAAAGGACCCUAAGUUUCAUUAUAUUUAAAUCAAAGAUAAUACAAGUACUCAUGCAUUUAAUUAUUUUCUACUUCCGUCACUUUAACAUUCAGUUCAGUAGCAAUUUUUGAAAGAGCAUGAAUUACACAUCUAAAAAUAGUCACCACAACAUGCACAGUAAAUUAACAUUAAACAAAUACAGAC